AUGGCAUCCACCACGCGAUCGAGUUCACUGCUCUCCCUCCUCUAUCUGGCUUUGCUCACUUUCGUGGGCAGCGCUGUACUCCUGGCUGAGACGCAUCAGAACAGCUCGUUGAGCCACAGCGUCCACGCUUUCCUGGCGGUGCUCAUGAUCUCUUCCUGCAUCUGGAUGCUUUGGUUUGGCUGGCGCUCUGCUAGCAACAAGCAGCUGAAAAAGCAUCAGGAUCACCAGGCUGGAGCAAGCUGGCUCAAAGGUGGUCUGUCUCUCUUUGCGCUGGCCACCCUGGUUUUGGACUGCCUCUCCUUGGGCUAUUCCUAUGAACUGCAACAUUGUGCCUCCAUGCUAAUGACCACUUUCCCUGUUGUGCAAGCCAUUUUCACCAUCAUACAGGUUUCAUUGCUGCUGUUUAAUGCGAAGGUUUGUGUCCAGGAACACCAGCAUCUAAACAGGUUUGGGCUGAUGCACACUCUGGCCACCAAUGUGCUCCUGUGGAUGAGUGUGGUGCUGGAUGAAUCCAUGAAGCAGCUGGAGGAAUUCUAUGAUGCUCAGAAGGGCAUAAGCUCCAAGGAUUCCCAUGAUGGCUUCUACACCAACAGCUGUGUCUGCACCACCAGUCUUUGCCACAUCUUUUCAGAAGGCGCAGCCUACCUGCAUCCCUUCAACAUUGAGUUCAGCCUCUUCUCUUCUACAAUGCUGUACAUCAUCUGGAAGAACACUGGACGAGAGACCCAUCACCAGAAGCCUCAGCUGACUCACAGGCCACACUUCCACCUGAGCGGGGCUUUUGUUGGACUGGUGCUAGGGGCUUUGGCCAUUUCAGCAACCUUUGGGGUGAUGAUCUCUUUUGGAGUGCUUGCCAAGUCUCCUGAAACUAUUCCUGAAGCCCUUCGGACAUAUUAUAUCUUCAACUCUGUGUUAUAUUCUGCCAUGUUCUUGGCCACCUUCAUUGGCAUCACCACCUACAGACUGAAGAAAAAAGCUUCAGCGCUCUCUUCUGCCAAAAGCGUGGUGAGAAACUUAGAUGUUACCUUGCUUCUAGGCAGUUCCUGUGGUCCACUCAUGGUAUCCAUCUUCUCUCUGGUGGCCAUCUUCUUUCUUCAUGCCAAUGGCAGCCUCCACCUUCUGGACUUCUGCUUCUCCCUCUGCAAGACCAUCCAGAUCCUUGGGCAGAAUCUAUUCAUUACUGAAGCUUUGUGCUCCAGCCUCUCUCAGGAGCCAGACAUCCAAGAUAGUACUGACUCUACUGGCACUGGCUGGGUCUUCUCUAUUUCCAGAGGUUCCUUGGAGCAGGACAGCAAUGGACCUUUCUCCAAAACCCACACACUGAGCAACAUAAUGGCCAGUUUGGAGAAUCAGUCACCCAGACACUUGACAGACUGUGGCACUGACUCAUCUACCUUCCAAAGUUCUCACACCCGAGAAGAAUCUAAAAGACUAAGCAUUAGAAGAAAGAUCCUACAGAACUUAUCUAUCCUUCUUAUCUUCUACAACAUCUCGGUGUGGAUUCUGUAUGCCUAUGGGACCCGCCCACACCUGGUGAGCCAAAUUGAACAGUCCUUCUAUGGCUUCACACUCUGGGCCAUUGUGGUCAAGAUCUCGCUGCCACUGGGCAUCUUUUACCGCAUGCACUCUGUGGCCAGCCUCUUUGAAGUCUACUGCAAGACCUGCUGAAUGAGCACCAUCAUCUUGGGACAGCUACUGCCCCAUAACUUCAUCGUGAGAGUAACGUAAUGGACAUGCGCGGGGAAGCAAAAGGAGCUGCUCUUUACAGUGCAGUAGCCUGUGUCCCUGCUGUUCAACCAAGGAAAUGUUAAAUCAAAGAACCGUAAUGCUUCUGCUGGCAGUUUCACUUCUAAGAAAAUGAAGUAAUGCAUGUACCUGAUGAAUAGUUCAUGUAUUGCUAACCAGUACACAUUCUGGAAAACUAAAGACACACUGUCCUUAAAGUUGGGGGGGGGGGUUCCCCCAAAGGUUAUUAGUUCCUCAGCUUCCCCAGUCAAUGACUUCAUAACAGAGAUGAGCAAGCUCUUUCAGCCCAAGGGUCAAACACCAUUUCAGAGAAGUUCUUGGGAGCUACAUUCCAAUGGUGGGUAGGCAAAAAGGCA